UCUUCCUCCCCUCCUCUCCUCUGCUUUCCUUCACCGUGCGCAAACGCACCGCGGUGUGGAUGGAAUACUCGCUCUCUGACGCGCGCUGGCGUCCUUAUUCCACCAAAGUCUGCGCGCAGGAACAAGAACUCGUUUCAAAUCGAGUUUCGUUGCUUCUCAAAUCUUGGAGCUUUCUCUUUCCUCUCUUUCCUUUUUUCUCUUUUUUCUCCCCCUUUUUUUAUUUUUUCAUUUUUUUGCUGAACUACGCCGGGACUAAAACUGAAUUAUUCAUCCUCCGCAUCUGCUUUCGCUGAAGAUGGGAGCGCGCUGCUGCUUCUCGCUUCGCUUUUUCGCAGUCAAACCGAAGCGCAUCGUUUGGAGGAGCGCGAGUUGAGCGUUUGUCAGGGCUUAGGAGAAAUCAAGAACAUCUUUGAACACUCCGGAACUGUUCUGGGUGGAGAGGGGGGGUGUUGGUGGUGGUAGUUGGCAGCUGAAAGGGAGAUCCGAUCCUCAACGUCCCUUCUCCUUUUGGCCUCUCUUUGCGUAGGAACCGAAGAAUGCCGGUGCGAUUUGCCCAGCAGAGUCCACGCAGAGAUGCGCUUUCCAGCAGACCUCCGCUGGCUUUGCUGCUGAAUUUAUCCUCCUGAGCGCUUUUUCUUCAUUUAUUUCUCAUUUUCAUUUUGCUAUGCCCCUCAAGUGCUCGUCUGUCUCGGGGAUUAAUGGCAGAAUGUGCGUUCAGGACAAGUGGAGGCUGACUGGAAGAGACGCAAAGGCUGAAAUUGGAGCCUGAAUGGACAAAUUCCCCAGGUCCCGUGCAAAGUGCGGUGUCUUCUGGAGAAAAGGCGAUAUUUCGAACGCUGCGGGUUGCUAAAUGGUUUUCUGGGGAAUUUUAAAAAGGCAAAAAUGCUGCUGCUUGUUCUGUUGGCCUUUUCCGUAUCGAGUGCAUUUUCUGACUCGGAUACCGAACUCUCAGCCGAGACCUGCAGUGCCUGCUCCUGCAUGUCCAUUGAGAACGUCCUCUAUGUGAACUGUGAGAAAAUAACUGUGUACAGGCCAACGCAGCUGCUCCCUCCACAAUCCAGCCUCUACCAUCUGAAUUUCCAGAAAAACCUUUUGUACAUUCUUUACCCCAACACUUUUCUGAAUUUCACGCACGCAGUCUCGCUUCAUCUGGGAAACAACAAGCUGCAGAACAUCGAGGGAGGGGCCUUCAUGGGACUCAGUGCAUUAAAACAGUUGCACUUAAACAACAAUGAAUUAAAAGAGCUCCGGGCUGACACUUUCCGGGGGAUCGAAAACUUGGAAUACCUCCAGGCCGACUACAAUUUAAUCAAGUAUAUUGAGAAGGGAGCCUUCAACAAAUUGCAUAAGCUAAAGGUUGUAAUUCUAAAUGACAAUCUCAUACAGAGCCUGCCUGAGAACAUAUUCCGCUUUGCCUCCCUCACACACUUGGAUAUACGCGGUAACAGGAUACAGAAGCUUCCAUAUCUUGGAGUUUUGGAGCACAUCGGAAGGAUAGUGGAAUUGCAAUUGGACGACAACCCGUGGAAUUGCACCUGUGAUUUGUUACCUCUGAAAGCUUGGCUGGAGAACAUGCCCUAUAACAUUUUCAUUGGAGAGGCUAUAUGUGAGACUCCUAGUGACCUAUAUGGUCGACUUUUGAAAGAGACCAAUAAACAAGAACUAUGCCCUUUGGGAGUUGGCAGUGACUUUGAUGUAAGGAUGCCCCCUUCCCAGCCAGAUGCUGGACACACCAUAUUAAACAUUGCACCAUCAACAAUUGCGCCCUCGGCUACCAAAGCACCAAAAACUACAAACCCUUCCAAAAUCUAUGGGAAUGGGAUUGUUGCUGGUAUUCCAGUGGGUAAAAAUGGCCAAAUUGUGUCCUACCAGACCCGAAUUCCACCACUUUCCUGUCCUCAACCCUGCAUUUGCAAAGCUCAUCCAUCUGAUUUUGGCAUCAGCGUAAGUUGUCAGGAAAGAAACAUCCAGAGCCUAGCUGAUCUUACACUGAGACCUCCUAAUUCCAAGAAAUUGCACCUCAGUGGUAAUUACAUUAGAAAUAUCAGCCCCACUGACUUUCAGGGGUUUGAAGGAUUAGAUCUCUUACACCUGGGCAGUAAUCAAAUAUCCACUGUUCAAAAAGGCGUGUUCGGAAAUCUGACCAACCUCCGCAGGCUAUACCUUAAUGGCAAUCAGCUUGAACAGCUACACCCGGAAAUGUUCCUUGGCCUCAGCAACCUCCAGUAUUUGUAUCUGGAAUACAAUGCUAUAAAGGAGGUGUUAGCAGGGACGUUUGACUCCAUGCCAAAUUUGCAGCUUUUGUAUUUAAACAACAACGUGCUCCGAAGCCUCCCCGCUUAUAUUUUUGCUGGAGUGCCUCUCGCUCGAUUGAAUCUAAAGAACAAUCACUUCAUGACUUUGCCUGUGAGUGGCGUGCUGGACCAGCUCAAAUCCCUCACACAGAUAGAUCUUGAAGGCAAUCCUUGGGAAUGCUCAUGUGAUUUAGUGGCUUUGAAACUGUGGUUGGAAAAGCUGAAUGAGGGGGUGGCUGCCAAGGAGGUCAGAUGUGCAUCCCCAGUGCAGUUUGCAAACACUGAGCUGCGCGAGCUGAAAAACGAGAUCCUGUGCCCUAAGCUAAUAGCCAGGCCCCCUUUUAUCCUGACUAGUUCAACCCCCCUGGCCACAUCAAUGUCACCUGCUGGAGUUGGCAAAGCACCUCCUAGUGGGCCAGUGCCUCUGUCAAUCAUGAUUUUAAGUAUCCUGGUGGUCCUGAUCCUCACAGUGUUUGUCGCUUUCUGCUUGCUGAUCUUUGUGCUAAGACGAAACAAAAAGCCGGCUGGAAGGCAGGAGGGGCUUGGCAACCAGGAGUGUGGCUCCAUGCAACUCCAGCUACGGAGGCACAACCACAAAUGCGGGAAGAAUGAUGACCUGGGCGGCGAGACCUUCAUCCCGCAGACCAUUGAGCACAUGAGCAAAGCCCACACUUGUGGAAUGAGAGACUCAGAUGCCGGCUUCAAGUUUGCUGAUUCCCAGAGAGCAAAAAUGUUCUUACGCAACAGCGCGGACAGCGACAAGGACUCUCUAACGCUGGACCCCAGGAAACGAUUAAGUACCAUCGACGAGCUGGAUGAGUUCCUACCUGGCAGAGAGUCCAGUCUGUUCCUACACAACUACUUGGACAACAAAAAGGAUUUCAACAGUAUAGGGGUGAGUGGCUUUGAGAUCCGUUACCCCGAGAAACCACAUGACAAAAAAACAAAAAAGUCUUUGAUAGGGGGAAACCACAGUAAGAUAAUUGUUGAGCAGCGUAAAAGUGAAUAUUAUGAACUAAAAGCAAAACUCCAAGGGACCCCUGACUAUCUUCAAGUUCUAGAGGAACAGACAGCCCUCAGUAAAUUUUAGCCCUCUCAUCUUCACGUGCCCCUUACUUACACGAAAAAAAAAAGUGCCUUAUGGAAAAAAAAAAAUCUAUAUAUAUUCAUGACCCAUGGAAUACUGGACACAGAUUUCAUUCCACACAAAAAAAAAAAUAUAACUUAGAAUUGGUGUUUGUGUAAGUUCGAAUAUUCUUAUUUUUUCAAAGUGAUGAUGCCAUUAUAAAGUAUAAAAAAAAAUAUAAGAUUAGUCUUAAAGAGAGGUUAUAGAGUAUCUUAUAAACAAGUGUAGAUUGCUGCUAAUGAAAUUGGUUCCAUGAGAUUCCUACUUUUGUUUGAAUUAUCAGAUGCUUUUUACAUUUUUUUAUUUUAAAACAAAUUUUUUGGGUCAUUAAAAAAAAAAAAAAAAAGUAUGAUGAGUGUAUUGCAUAUUGACCCUUUGUUCAUUGUUUUUGGUUGGAAGUAUUUUUAGGGUGCUUUGGAAGACAAAAUGAAAUGGAGUCGAAGAUUGGCAAGCUGGGCGCAAGCAUGAACGUUUCGGAAUCCCCCAGAGUACUGUCUUUUUUCGGAUUUUAAUUUGACACUUUACUUUUUUCGGGGCCUUGAAACCGGUGGAUUCAGUUGUAACCGAACUGAAAGCAUUGACAGUUCUGACAUCGUUAACAAUCCGGAUGAUUCCGUCUGUUGUUUCUGUAAAGGAGCCAUUUAAAAUUUGUUUUAACGAAAUGUGAUUUCCUCUUGAAGUUUUUGGGUACGGCACAUGACAGGACAUUCAUAAAACCCAAGAAAAGAUCUCCAUAGCUGCUUGCCAUGUAAGCGUAUCUGAUUUAUUUUGUAAGUCGACAUUAUUUGUAUUUGUGAGGCAGUUUUUAAAAUGAAAAAAAAAGAAAAAAAAAAAGAAAAGAAAAGAACAAUCCCAUCGAUACAUACACGGAUUCAAGGAAACAACAACAAACUCAAAAGGACAAAAACACUGAACACCACUGUCACCUGUUAAUUGGUAGAUUACUUCAUAUUUAAUUUAUUUUUCUAUGCAGGACUAUUUAAAGGUUAUUGGUACUAUUUAAGAUUACAGGGGACUUCUUUUGAAUGCUACAAGUGUUUUGAGCUCUGCUCUGAACAAGUAAAUCAAGUGUUUCUGUUUCGACAAUGUGUCCCAAUGUAAUUUACUGCUAACCUGAGCAUAGGAGCUAGUGAUAGUGAUGUCACUUUCACUAUUACAUCACAAGAGGUAAUGCCUCAUAGUGUAUCAAGUCCAACGAUCUUAUAGCCCAUGAAUAUUUUGUCAAAGAAAUUUUUUUUAACAAUAUGCAACCAAAAUAAGUGUGCAUUAACGUGAUAUGAUUCUGAAUUUUUUUACGAAUGUGCUACGGGAUACAAAAUUAAGAAUUAGGCCGAAGGCGUGUAGAUCGUUAUUGUUUCUUUAAUUUAUUUCUCUCUCUCUCUCUCUCUCUCUCUCUCUCUUUUUUUUUAAACAAGGACUGUGCAUUUUCACAUUAUCUUUAAAAUUCAGUGUGUUUUUGCUACUGAUUUGGUCAGAAUCAUAUCACACUCCAUGUGCAAUAUUAUUAUGCUCAAUCAUAUUAGCUUGACAAUUUUCCUUUGUCCGCUCGAGUUAAUAUUACGGAGAGACCAGUUUUACGUUUCAGAAAAGAAAGAAAUAUAUAUUAUUCAGUCCUUAUUUAAGAUAUUGUUAAGUUAAUGAUUGUUUGAAAUAGAAUGUACCUUGAACAAUAAAAAUAAAUACAAUUUUAUAUAUGAGAAAUCGACAUAAAUUUCUGUGUUGGUAUAAUUUCCGAUGUUUUUGUUUUUUUUCUUUGA